AUGUUUUCAAAAGUAAUUUGCUGUUUCAUAUUCGUUCUUUGCAGUAUAUCAAUAGUUCGAAUUAACGCGCAACCAUGUGGUUUGCCAUGCGUGAAUGGUAAUUGUAUAGUAGAGACUGAUACUCUUAUUCAAUUUUGCAAUUGUUCAACUGGCUUCACCGGAGAUCUCUGUGAUAUGCGAGAUACCACGCCAACAGCACCCACAAUUAUACUUGGUGUACCAUGCUCAACAAACCCCUGUAGAAAUGGAGGAUUAUGUUUUACUGUACCAUGUGGUGGUUUCCGUUGUCUAUGUGCUCCUGGCUAUGUAGGAAUUUUGUGUGAGAAUCAGUAUACUAAGUGA